AUGCCAUUUGGAAAGGGCCAAAAUGAUACACCUGACUUGGAUUUUGAGUAUGAUGAUGCCCAUAGAUAUACCUCUGAAAUCGCAGAAUUAUACAGUUACACUGAAGAACCAGAGUUUUCUUUGGGACAGAAAUGUUUUGAAGAGGAUUUCCACUCUUAUGUUGACGAGAAGUGGAGUCAGCUGGACGAGAGUCGUCAUGUGAUGCACAUAUUACGGCUACAGAAUAGUUUAGAAUGUGCCAAGAGAGAACAGAGGAUGAAAACAGCCAGAGCUGUUCUUUAUCUUGCUCAAGGUGUGUUCAGUGAAUGUUCAUCAGAGGAGGACCAGGUGAAAUGGUGUCGUCACAAUUGUUUUCUUCUCUAUCGAUGUGGCAUCUUUACCACAUUUGUAGAAUUGUUGUGCAUGGAGGCAGAGAACUCUGUUGCAGCUUCAACUGCUCUCCGUAAACCUGCUGUAUCAAUAGUUGACAGUACAGAUCUCAGAGUGGUACUUAGUGUGCUGUACAUCAUGGUUGAAACUCUUCGGACAGAACAUUCUGAGGAUACAGAUGAAAUGAAAGCAUAUAUAAACAUCUUCAAAAUAGAAAUAGGUCAAGCAGUAAAGAAUGAUGACUCUCUUUGUAUCAUCCUCUUCAACAUGGUAACUAAGUUCUGCAGUGGACAUGCUCCACAUUUCCCAAUAAAGAAGAUUCUCCUGCUGCUCUGGAAAGCUAUUUUGUUUUCCCUAGGUGGUUUGUCAGACUACUCACAGAUGAAACAAACAGCAAGAAAAUCAGCAGGUCUACCCCCUGUCAGAGAAGAUACAAUGUGUGUUGCAAAGACGAUGAGGGCAUCCUCUCCUCCGAUGGCAGCAGCUGAAGUCUUUGACCCCCAGCGGAGGUCAUCCAGACAAGCAAGAAGGGGUUUGGUGAAGCAGAAUGGAAUAGAUGAACCAAUGCCUGAGGAUCCAGCCAAUCAAGAUGAUGGUAAAGAAGAUAAUGGAAGUGAAGAAGAUGAUGAUGGGAAUGGAAGACCACCUGAUACACCAAGAGAACCUAGAAUUCUACCAUGGACACCUAAAGUCAGGCAAAGAGACCUUGAUAAUUUCUUGGAUCACACCAGGAACAAGUUUGUAGGGUAUCAAGUUCAAAGUGACACAACAACCCUGGCUGGUCUUCCCCAACCCAUCCAUGAAGGGGUUCAGAUUCUUAAAAAACAUGUAUAUGUGUCUCUGUCUGAAUUACAAGUCAAGAGAGAGGAAGAAAUCAACAAAAAUCCACUUUCCAAGGGAGAAGGAGAUUAUGUAUCAUCUUCAGUUGAAUCCCUCUAUCAAUCCAUGCUACCUAAUCUGCCCCAGUAUAUGAUAUCGCUCCUGAAGAUUCUUCUUGCUGCUGCUCCAACAUCUAAAGCCAAAACUGAAUCUAUUAAUAUCCUAGCUGAUGUUCUACCAGAAGAAAUGCCAAUCACUGUUCUACAGAGCAUGAAACUAGGAGUUGAUGUCAACAGACAUAAAGAGAUUAUUGUGAAGGCUAUCUCAGCUCUCUUACUCAUCCUUCUCAAGCAUUUCAAGCUUAACCAUGUCUAUCAGUUUGAGUUCAUGAGCCAACACCUGGUAUUUGCUAAUUGCAUCCCUCUAGUGCUCAAGUUCUUCAAUCAAAACAUCCUCUCCUAUGUGGGUGCUAAGAACAGUAUCCAUGUGAUAGACUUCCCUUCAUGUGUUAUUGGUGAUCAGCCUGAGCUUACAGCAGAGAGUCUAGAAGCUGGAGAUAGCCAGCCUUACUGUUGGAGAAAUCUCUUCUCAUGUAUUAAUCUGCUCAGAAUACUCAACAAGCUCACCAAAUGGAAACAUUCAAGAACCAUGAUGUUGGUCGUCUUCAAAUCAGCUCCAAUUUUGAAGCGUGCCCUGAAGGUUAAGCAAGCAAUGAUGCAGCUGUAUGUAUUAAAGCUUCUGAAAGUACAGACUAAAUAUCUUGGUCGUCAAUGGAGGAAGAGUAAUAUGAAGACUAUGUCAGCUAUUUAUCAGAAGGUUCGUCAUAGACUCAAUGAUGACUGGGCAUAUGGCAAUGACAUGGAUGCUAGACCAUGGGACUUUCAAGCAGAGGAAUGUGCAUUAAGAGCAUGUGUGGAUAGAUUCAACUCUAGAAGAUAUGAACACAACAACUCAACAUGUCUUCAUCCAGAACUUGCUCCUGUUGAUAAUAACUUACAGAGUGUACUUAGUCAGAAGGUGGAAUUGAGUGAAGAAUUUCAACGGUACUAUGAAGUUUGGUUAGAUAGAGAAGUCUUCUCAACACAAAUCAACUGGGACUUACUUUUGAGAGACCAGGUCUGUAUAUAGAGAUUCAAGACUGGUCUAAUAGAAAGAUCAGGUACCAGAAUUCUAGACCAUAGGCAAGGUUUUGUGUGGCAAAACAGUGAGACUGAAUCUUAAGAUUAGAUCUGCUUUGCUGUGUUUAAAGACUAGAAAUCAGGACACAUGUUAAACCCUAAUUUUUUUAACUGAGUUUAGAGGUUAUUGAACAUGUGGUUACCAAUGUAGCAAUGAUUUAAAGUUUGUAGUCCAUACAAAAACCAAAAAAAUGUACAUUACCAAAGGCCAGAGACCACAUCUUUCUAGACUUAAGGGUUGUUACAGAUUUUUUUCUUUGAAUUAAGCAUAACUGAGAGAACAAAUGGUUCUUGUGCCAAAUUUACAAUAUUGUAUUAACAAAGUGGGACUGAAUGCCCUAUAAACCUGAUAAGAUUUUGACAAGUAAUUGACUUCACAAUGAAUUGUUUGUUAAUAACAAGAAUUCUGAAGUACCAUAUUUUUUUCAACUUAAGAUGAGGCAAAUUAAAAGUGAUGUAGAAUCUGAUAUGGCAUGGGGAUAUAUUCCAAUUGUUAAUGAAGUCAUGCUUAACUUUACAAACUGUUAAAUGAAACAGUCCUUUGGACAUGCUCUGUUAUUUGGGAACACCAGAGGAGCGUUUCAUAAAAUGAAUAGCCAGAUAUUUUCACUGACAACUGUUAUAAGCUACUGAAAUCCAUGCAUCUGAUUGGUUCAAUGCAAAUUUGUCAGUGAAAAUCACUGUCAUGAUGAAUCACUCUGCAGAAUCCCUAUCUAAGGAUCAUCUGUGCAAUACUUGUGAUCAGGGAUGAUAUAAAGUGAAAACAUAGGUCACCCUAUUUUAUAUUGACCUCUAUAUUCAGAUGAGAGUGGAAAAGAGGGGUACACACAAAGAAUAAAAGUUGCAUUUCCUACUCAAAAGAAAAUCUUCAUUUAUGUUGAAUCUAGCACAAACUAAGAGCAUCAUCUGUUCACAAUCCACUGGCUAACACAGUAUUAUUUAAAUUCAGUGAAACUGCUCUCAUCCAUGAUAAAAGACCUUUGGUCAUACCAUAAAAUCAAAUAUUUUGUACAUCUGUAGUUCUGUACCCAUUUUCUCAAUUUUACCUCUCUUCAUAAACGAUGCAAGCCGUGAUGAUUUGAUAGCAUUACACCUUUUUCUGUUUCAUGGAUGAACAUAAUACAGAAUUGCCCCUUGCAUUAUAAAAAUCUAAUAUAGAUUUAAAGAAUAUCAUUGAGAACUUGUUAUAUAUGAUAUUUGAAUUGUAUUAUGGGAUGAGAAUAUGGCAACAAAAUCAAAAUGGUUAUGUACCAAGUCUAGGACAUGGUAGAAUUAAAUUUUGAUAACAUUAGAUGUCAGAUAUAUGUAAUUACUCUGAAAUUUAAACUUUUGGAUUUGUGGAUAUGUGACGUUGAUCGAUUUUUUUAAAAAUUGAACUCAUUGUUAAUUUCAGAAGAAUGUUGCUGAAUACUGGUAUUUUGCAUUUUACAGCAUUACAAAACAUUAUUCAUCAUAUAUAUUUGUAUUUUGAUAUCAUUUUUAUGAUUUUUUUUUACCACAGCCAUGCUCCAUGUAUCCGUUAUUUUCUCAUAGAUAUGAUUGAACUUAUGGAACCACUUUAUCAUAGAUUUGGUCAAUGAAACAGAUGCCAUAUGCAAUAAAUCUAUUUGUCUUUAAUUUUGUUUAGGAGGUAACAUUAAAUCUUUACUGCACGAUUUAGUUCAUAAUCUGAAUUCUGUUGUUUGAAUAAUUGAAUUUGUUUCUAGAUAGCAAAAAAAAGAGUAGGAAUGGUAUAUGUCUUAACCCGAAAUUGUAUUCCUUUUUGCAGUUUCACAAGGAGAAAAUUCCUGAAAAGGAACCAUGAGGUGUACCUCAUUCUCACAUGUUUUAAAGCAAAGUAUUAAGCAAAGCUUCUUCUCAGCUCUAAGGAUUUGAGUGUGAUACAUGUUCAUCAAACUCAUGCACAAUUUUGAUUUGUUAGCUAAAUUUCUUAGACAAUUGGUUAAAUUCAAAUGCAUUGUACAAUGUAUAAACAUUUACUCUUUGAAAAGCCUCAUAUGUUUGAUAUUUAGUAAAUCAAGAUGUUCUUUUGUUAGUAUACUGUAUCUGAAUAUCAGAGAUCUCUUGGGAGUAUUUUUUGUUUGACUUUGGAGAAAUUAUUUGUCUUGCUUUGUCUGGUGGGUGUUUCUUGAAGUUGUUAUUAAGUUAAGAGCGACUUUAAAAACGACUGGUGAACCUUUCUUACGCGCGCUAAAUAAUCACCAAUAAACAUUUAAUGGUGAAUAUCCUUUACCAUAAAGGAUCACCAGUCGUUCCUAAAUUCACUCUUAACUUAUGAUUAGCUUAAUGAAAUGCCCCCCCCCCCCCAUCUACUGAAGUUACUCUGACUUUGGUAAAUAUUUGACAUUUGGAAGGUCAGCUCAUGCAAGGUAUUUAGACUAACAUGAAGUAGAGUGAUUCAUUCACGGUAAAUUCCUUUUUUGAAAGUCUUCAAAAUUUGUUAUGUACAGAGGAGACUUUUCCACUUGAUCUUUAUGUAAUUUAUGAAUAUCAUUCAUUUCCUUCAUAUUCCAUUCAUUAACAUUGUUAUAUCAAAUUGAUUGGUCCAAUUGAGUGUAUGAAAGGGCCCUUUUAUAUUUAUGUCAACAAUUUUUUUUUCAGCACACGUACAAUUGUGUUUUAGUAUGGUAUAUUGCAAAAUCUUAUGGACAACUGACAAUCUAUAGGCAAAAAUCACUCAUAAAAUCCACUACUUUUAUUUCAUCAAGAAUCCUAUGUGCCACCUUUUUCCCGGGAGGAAAAAAAUAUUAAAGAUUAUAUACAUGUAGUCAGGCUCUUUAAGUUUCUUCCUUGGUCAAAUGGAAUUCAAUGUAGUAAUACCACUGACUCUUUGCAAUGACGACUAUUUUCUGUAGAUUUUGACAAAUGGGUUGGAUUCGCUCUUUACAUGUAAUAUGUACUUUAAUAUUUUAAUGUAUAGCUUUAUGUUUGUAAUUGUACAUAGUUUGAUCUAAUUUAAAAUAAAAGAGAUCAUGCCUCGUGUGAUCUAUAUGUAUACAAACCA